GCUUCACAGCAACUCAGGAAACCCCCAUCUCUCCACCGUGUGUGUGUGUGUCUUCUCAGUCUCAUCAGCCUCCAAGAAGAAAACAUGGGUAGACAGAAGGUGUAUUUGGACAAACUGGCCCGGUUCUUCCAGAUCCGAAACCUGCUGCUCCGUCAGGCCCUUGCAGAGUGUCUUGGUACUUUCAUCCUUGUGAUGUUUGGCUGUGGUGCUGUGGCUCAGCUGGUAUUGAGUUCAGGUUCCCAUGGCAUGUUCCUCACUGUCAACUUUGCCUUUGGCUUUGCAGCCACCCUAGGCAUCCUGGUCUGUGGCCAGGUGUCAGGUGGCCAUUUGAACCCCGCGGUGACCUUUGCCCUGUGCCUGCUUGGAAGAGAGCGCUGGAGGAAGUUCCCCAUGUACUUCCUCUUCCAGACCAUUGGUGCUUUUUUCGGUGCUGCUGUGAUUUUCGGCAUGUACUACGAUGCCUUGUGGGACCAUCCUGGAUGUUUCAAUGUGACUGGACCUACUGCCACAGCUGGCAUCUUUGCUACCUACCCCGGAAAGCAUCUCACGCUUGUCAACGGCUUCUUUGAUCAGAUUAUUGGCACAGCAGCCCUGAUUGUUUGUAUUCUGGCUAUUGUGGACCCAUACAACAACCCCAUCCCUCAAGGCCUGGAGGCCUUCACUGUGGGAUUUGUGGUUCUGGUCAUUGGAUUGUCAAUGGGCUUUAACUCUGGCUAUGCUGUCAAUCCUGCCAGAGACCUCGGACCACGUCUUUUCACCGCCAUGGCCGGGUGGGGUGUUGAAGUUUUCACGGUUAGAAAUGGAUGGUUCCUCGUGCCUAUUUUUGCCCCCUUCCUUGGCACCAUCAUCGGCGUGAUGAUCUACCAGUUGAUGGUUGGCUUCCACGUGGAGGGAGAAGUACGAGACCAGAAAGAGGGCACAGAGCAGGAGAAUGUCCGACUGACCAACGUCCACUCCAACGACAACUCAAAAGAGGCCACCAAAGAAAUGCACUGAGUGCGUCAGAGAUAUGCAGCUAGUCACUCUAAAACAUGCACUUGUAAAUACUGUCACACCAGCGUUUUUUUUCCCUCUAGCCACAACUAUGUUUUUCAAAUCAUCUUCUGUUGGGAUACCUCCCAAGAUAGUUGUGUGUUUGUGAAAUCAGGCCACGUUCUUUAUAUCAUCAUGUGAUUGUAUUAUACUGUAGAGGAAUGAUUGUGUAUGAGUAGAAACACAACUUCAGAAACACAGAAUUACAUUAAUUCUUUUAAGAGAUGAACAUUUGGAUCUUAGUGUCUAUAGCACUCUAGAGUUAACAGUAUUGUAUGCGUCAUACCAGUAUAGUUUUAUGUAGCCUUUUUUAUUUUAUAUAGAGUUUUACAUACUUUAUAAACAGUAGGUGUAUUUAGACAGAUGUACUUUUUCCCACAAAGUUUCUAUGCAUUUUCUCAGUCCAGAUCCUUUCAAUGUUAAUAUCUCAAUUCAGGGAAAUUGUCAGGAAAUUGGGAAAUUAAAAUUUCAAACUUUAACUUAAAUGUUUAAAUAUCUGUCAUAUAGUACAUAUCUGUUUAACAAGAAUAUGGUGCAUUUUACUUUCUGUACACAACAGCAAGUGACAUAAUCCUGUGUAGACUACAUCAACUGUUGUGUCUAGAGCUGACAGACAGUGGUUAGUUUAUAACCUUCCCACAACAUUCUCCACUUUACCGCUGCUGUCUCGGAUCAGUUGUACUAAAACUGCUGUCUUUUUAUAGACGGUCACAACUCUUGGAAAAAUGUUUUAACCAAUAAUUCCAAAUGGAUCAUUUACCCACUCUAUGAACUAAAUCAGAGGCUAUUAUAUCCUUCUUGUUUAAUGCUUGAAAUUUGUGCUAAACCACAAUUAACUUCUUCUAUGUACAGAACCAUAUUAACUAUUAAUCCUAUGUUCAUGUAUACCUGUUGAUGUGUUUGUGUCCACGGUUGGGUGUGAGACUGGACAGUGAGUGUUUGUGUUUUGUAUGUAGGUUGAGAGGAAAUGCUUUUGUACCGAUACAAUAAAGUUCUGUUUUUUAUUGUUGCAUGAAUGCGGCUCAUGUUA